AUGGAUACAAAUGAAAAGCGGAAACGUGGCGACCAUGAAACCGAUCAACAGGUCGAAUCGGCCUCAAAGCAACGGAAGGUGAUCGGACCCUCCUUACCUUUGCCUCGGGAAGCAGCCGACGCGACGAAUAGUGCGGCUGACAGUGGUAUUGAUGAUGACAAUGAUGACGAUGACGAUGAUGACGAUGACUUUGGUCCAUGUCUUCCUCCAUCUGUUACAUUGAGCGUUUCUACGCACCCAGAGCCUCCGGCUCCCAGUGCGGCCGCGGCCGCGGCCGACUCGGAGGCAAAGGAGACCCAGCGCGAUCAAUGGAUGCUGCAACCUCCCUCUCAUUCUGACUGGACUUCCAAGGUCGAUCCCACCCAGCUACGCAGUCGGAAGUUCAAUACAGGCAAAUCAGCCACAGCACCUAAGAAUACGGAUUCUUCAUGGCUCGAGACUCCGGAGCAACGAAUGAGACGACUACAAGAUGCAGUUAUGGGCAUCAGUUCUUCGCCCGGUCAGAUUGCACCCCAGGUUGGUGUUUCAAACAAACAAUCGGUGGAAGACCAAAUCAAGAAAUAUAAGGAUAUGACUGGCACAAAUGUCCGCCUAGAAAACCAAGGUCAGGCGCAGACGGAAGAUGACGAUCCAAGUGGGCGCGCGUUUGAUCGCGAGAAAGAUAUGGCACUUUCUUCAAAGAUAUCUAGUGCCCAGCGCCGAGAGAUGGUCAAAAAAGCUGCGGAUUACAAUACCCGUUUUACAAAGGGUAACUUCCUAUAG